AAAGCCAUACACAAGACCCCUGUCCCCGGAGAAAGUGCUGGACAAAGCCAAGAAAAGCUUAAGUCAGCACCACGGAGAUCUGUCUAACAGAAAGCACCUGUUGGGUUUCUUUGAAAUCCAGUUUGGUGUAUUUCGCGGGCAAACAUUUAGGUGGGUGGCUGAAAAUGCCCUGGGGUAUGCUGCUUACCUGGUGGCAGCUAUGAAGAGGGACCCCACAGGAGGCAGCAAAGACUCCCAAGAACAUGCCCACAACAAGGGGAGUUUCAGGGAGUAUUUUGAGCUCUUUCCUUCUGGCAGAAUUGCCAUUGCCAUGAAGGAAGAGCAAUAUGCUGGGAAAGCUCCCCAGCAUGCUGCUGACUUCCAGCACGCUGCCCCCACAGAGUUCACUGCCCCCACCCAGCUCACUCCCCCCACCCAGCACGCUACCACCACCCAUACUUCCACUGCCUCUCUCCGCUCCCUCUUGGUUAGGAAGUUGCCUAACCAGAAAAACCUGACCAAGACUGUAGAAAGGCUGAUUUCCCCCCUCAAAGUCGCACCUUCUUUGGCCCAGGCACGUGCGCGGCCCUCAGCCACCCUCACCCACCCGACUGUGUCCAUUGAGACAGCCACAGGGCCUUCAGUCACCCUCACCUGUCCGACUGUGCCCAUUGAGGCAGCCACAGGGCCCUCAGCCACCCUCACCCACCCCUCUGUGUCCACUGAGAUAGAUGACAGCACACUGCUGGCAGAGGCAGCUAAGUUUGAGGAGGCAUAUGUGGCAUCACGACGAGUCUGUCUUCCGGCUGGAUGGACACACACCCUGCCUGAAGUGGACCAGAGGUGGAUCUCCAAGGCCCUGUUUAGGUGGACAGCACAGGGGCAUCCUGAGCUGAUCUUUAGUAGGGUGGACAAACUUUGGUGGUAUCCUCCACAGGUGCCGCUGAAGACCAGUAAUUCUCCUUCCUUGGAGAAUUACUUUGGCCAUCGCCUGCUGCUCUGGAUGCCACGAAAACUGUGGCAAGUGAAGUUGACCUGUCCACAUCCAGACUGUCAAAAAGAACUUCUGACCUCAGCUGGCUUGCAUCAAAAGAUCAGGCAGGUGGUUGCCAUGGGUGAGAUGUACUUUGUGGCAUCUGAGUACCUGGCCUGCCGAAGAUGUAAGAGGAAGGUCAUCAGCUGGAGCCAUGAUCUCGUCUCCCAACUCGACAUUGGCCACAGGGUGCAGUUCCCUUGCAUUCUUACAUCAAAACUUGCAUGUGACUUCGAGGUAGUAACUUUGAUGCGUCAGCGAGGGCUGGGAAACAGCAGCAGCCAGAUCCAGCGCAAGCUGCAGGAGCGUCAUGCUGAUGUCUGGUUGCAAAAGACAGUCCAGUAUCUGACAGAUUGCAAGGGGAUUGCCAGUGCUGUCAUGUCGAGCCUGAUCCUGCCUGUGACAUUUGAACCUGCUCCUUCAAUGCCUUCUGUCCCUAAGCACCGAUGGCUGAUGCAGGUGUAUGCCCAGGAUGUCCUGCAAAGGCUGGAUGAGAUCAAGGCCACUAUCACAUCACAAUAUGGUCGGAUCUUAAAAAUGGAUUCUACAAAAAAAGUGUCCAGAAAACUAGCAGGACGCAGCUAUGGCACUGCUACUUGGGCAACUAAUGUUGGCAAUGAGCAUGGACAGGUGAUCAUGUCCGUGCUCACAGCCAGUGAAGGAUUUGGUCUCGGGCCAAUGAUUGAAGGCCUUAUCAAGCGAUACAGGGUGGCCGGGGUGGCUCCUCCCGAAGUACUGUAUGUCGACCGAGACUGCUGUGACUGCUGUGGCAACACUCUUUUGAGGAGGAUGUUUGAAGAGUGGGAGCAAAUGACCAUCCGGUUAGAUGUAUGGCACUUCAUGCGGAGGUUUGCUGUGGGUUGCACCACCGACUCUCACCAGUUGUAUGCCACAUUUAUGAGUGGCCUCAGCCACUGUAUUUUCAUGUGGGACCAGCUCGACCUGACGGCCCUGAAGACGGCGAAGCAUGCAGAGCUAGAAGCUGACGGGAAACCAUCAUCCGAGGCUGAUGUGCUGCGCUGUAUCAGUCGUAGCGAGCUAGCACUACAUUGCAGGAGAACCACUCGCGGGACCAAAGAGACCCUGGCGCUUAUUGAGAGCCAUAUUCAGGCCUUCGAUGGAGAUGCUGGUCGUGACACUCUGGGAGUCCCACUAAUAAACUCAGCCCGGAUGAGAGAGAUUUUAAAGUCCCAGCGGAAGCACGUGGCCUGCAUCCAGGAUCCUGUCGGUGUGCAGCUCUACAUGCAGACGGGUACCUUAUUGAAGGGAGGGCACCGUCUGCCAACCUACCGCUGUGCCAGAGGUUCCACUUCGCUUGAGUCAUUUCACCUGCACCUUAACAGAUUCAUCCCAGGCACGCUGGCAAGUGACACCUUCUUUCAGGCGUAUCUUUUGGAUGGACUUGCAAGGUGGAAUGAGGACCGGGCUGUGGCAGCAACAACUGAUGAGCAGCAGCUACAUUCCUACAAUCAUCUUCUGCGUCAUGCUGUCAAUACUCUUGCAGAGGAGCUUAUGGGCAUGAAAAUCAUCCCUUAUGUUGGGCCAAGAAAGUACACUGGUGAGCUUAUUGGUGUGGAAUAUCUUUACCAGCAAACUGGUAAAGUUCUGCAGGACUACAAGUUGGCCAUUGAAGAGUCAGAGACCACUGAGGUUGGUAUAGAGGUGGAUGAAGGUUAUGCUGAACUUGAGGAGUUUCAGGACAUCACUGUCCCCACCUUUGACACUGAACGGACACCUGCUGCCUCUUCACAAGCAUCAGUGUCUGCAGCAUCUGCAGCAUCAUCUUUAACCCCUCCAGCAACCAGCUCCACGUCAUCCCUGUCUGUAGUCCCUCCAUCACCAGUGACAUCUCCUGUCACCAGCUCCACGUCAUCACUGUCUGUGGUCCCUCCAUCACCAGUGACAUCUCCUGUCACCAGCUCCACGUCAUCACUGUCUGUGGUCCCUCCAUCACCAGUGACAUCUCCUGUCACCAGCUCCACGUCAUCACUGUCUGUGGUCCCUCCAUCACCAGUGACAUCUCCUGUCACCAGCUCACCGCACACUCAAUCAAAGCCAGCACUCUCUCCUGGAGCACAUAGCUUCCCAGUGGACAGAUUAUCUGCAGAAACGGAUCUUCCAACAUCGGAAGAGAACACUUCACAUGAUGAUUCUGUUGGACCCGAUAAUAUUGAGGGGUAUGGAGCUGUGCAGGACUUGGCAGAGUUUUUGGUUAGCCUCAGAGAUCACCGUCUGGCCUUGACUGGAGAAGAGUGCUUCAAGAUCAUCACUCUAUGGCAGGCAUUGGGGGAGUAUGACAAGAAGAAGACCAUUUACCCACCACGUCACCAAACCACCCUAAAACAGGGACGAUUCAGGGCCACUAAGAAGAUUGUGGCCCCAGGUGUGCAGGUGUGGAAAAGGUGUUUCGUUGGGGCUCAUAGUCCUGCACAGUGGCCUGACUGCAACCGAGUGGUGGAGGCCAUCUUCACAAGGCUCUGUGCUCUCUACCCAAACGCGGUGCGCUGUGAUGGAGUGAGGGUGUCCCGCUUCACUAUGGUAGCACGUGCUUACAAGCACAUCCGAGAGUGCAUCCUCACCAAUGCUAAGGUGAUGAGCGAGACCACCAUCCAGCUCCCAGAAGUGAACGCAGCAACAGUCACACAAUGGUGAGUAAAUUAGCAUUGUUACCGCUAAGCCUAAACUUAAAGCAGCUAAGGGCUAC